AUGGAAACCAGGUUUGGGGUUAAACGAAGAGUGGAACAUUAUGCUUGCAUGAUUUAUUCACUUGGAAGAAUUGGUGUUUUGGAUGAAGCCUAUGAGCUGAUAAGAGAAAUGGCAAUGGAAGCAGAUAAAGCUAUUCGGGGAGCACUUCUUAAUGCGUGUCGGAUGCAUGGUGAUGUGGAACUAGGUAAAAUUGCUACUGAAAAGAUUCUUAAUUUGGAUCCAAAUGAUAGCGGUGUUUAUGUACUUAUGGAUAGUUUAUGUGCAAGUAUAUGUAAAUGGAAUUAG